AAUAUAUUGGUGCCAUUGAAACAUUCAGCCUCAAUUUAAAGCGCUCAUGGUCAACUAAAGGGAUAGUACCAGACUUCACAAGGUAUUAUAUAAGAUCGUACUACUCAGACGACUACACAUUCAGAAUAAACCUACCUUCUUAUAAUGACCCGACUUUGGGCUUAUAAUUUGGUGACCGGUUGUCGAUCACUUCAUGUUUCUUUACCUCACAACGCCAUGUCAUAUACGAAGGAACCGAGACCACUCCCUUGGAGUGAUGACAAAAAAAAUCCACUGGGAUGGGCUAAACGUCUAUUUCGAAUGCAAGAAUCUCAACAAUUGCUCAACCAAUCGAAGGAACCUCCUUUACUGCAUAUGAUCUGUCGGCUAAAGCCUAUGAAGGGAGUCAUUCACUACCAGAGAGCCAUCCUUGAAAAAUAUGGUCUUGGAAAGGACACAAAAAAUCACAACUGGGUAGUCGUUAAAAAUACUCCAUCAGUCAACCGAGAUUUAUACGAGAUAAAACAUCUUAUUCGGAUACAGCCUGUUAUUUUCGAGAACGGGUUACCAACUGAAUCUGAUUUACUUGCCUGUAGACUGCUUCCAGAUGGCAGAUUUUCCAGACAUCGGGGUCUUUCUGUUGAUUCUCAGUUAUUGGAUUCUUCAGAACCGAACCAAACAAACCUAUCGUUAUACAAUCCUAAUCGACCUUAUGAUUUAAAAGCUUUAUUACAUUCUAAUGAAGAAAAUCUCAGAUAUCUAAGCAGUGCAUACCUAAGAAGGUGGCACAACAAAAGAUGGGCCAAUCAUGACUUCUUCAAGGAGUUUUUCACUUCACACUACAAAUACAAACUUAAUCAAGAUGGAAAUGAAUAUCGUUAUAGUGGUCUUUCGCGACUAGACAAAGCAAUAACUCAUUCACUUGAGUCUAGAAGAAACCCCGAUGGAACUCUUAAGCAGCCAAACUGCAAUCGUUUUGAUGCUGAUUGGAAUACUUAUCCUUGGUCAAGAUAUUAAAAUUUAAACCUGUUGGUUUAGGAUUUUCUUGCCAUGAUCGUUUCGAGCUGUGUACAAGUAUUUGAUAUAUUUAAGAAUAAAAUCCAGUCAACUAUCACCUUUGACUUCAAUAAUGUUACUCCAUUGUAUGUCUACCUUGUGGAUAACGACACGGUGCACAUAACCAAAUCUAUAUAAGCACUGGUAUACUCCAAUCAUCCGUACAUAUUGUAGUACCCAGCUGCGGAUAUUCCCGUAUAAUUGGCAUUAUCGUUGAAGUCUGUUGAUUUUUAACCCGUCAGAAGUGUCUCUUUUUUGAUGACCUGUCGUAUAUUCCAAGGACCUGUGAGGUAUAUUUAUGGAAGUGCUACUUACCCACUCUUCUUUAACACUACGUCUUCUAUUGAAUUUUCGUUUUCCGACAACUGUUUGGCCUAUUUCAACAAUUCGCCUGACUGCCCCAGACGGCUUGUAUACAUUUCUCCAUAAAGUCAACUGACUGACAUGAUUGAGACAGUCUCUACCUACUGCUCUUUGUUGUUUUUAAGAUGUAUACAUUUUUAGGGGAAUUGCAAUGAAGCUAAAUCUGACACGAGGAACUACUGCUACAUUACAUGCAAGCUAAACUACUCAAUUAGUUCCGGCAAAAUGUAAUAGAUUUGAUUUUUCCAUUAUUAAACUGGUAUAUAAUACUACAAGGUGAUUAAAACUAGUCGACUGCAAAAGUGUGAACAUCAGAAACCUCAUUUUACAUGACACAGUCCUAGUGGACACAGCUCGACACAAGAGAAUCUUAUUUACGGAUAUCUAAUGUACUUUUUUUAUAAUUUAAUCAAGUAUGUGACCUCAUAUGGUUGAGACAUCUUCAAAUGACUAUCUUAAAUGCUGC